AUGUCAAACAUUCAGAAGGUCGAAUAUGAGGCACUCACUGUCUCCGGAGAUAACUACCUCAAAUGGGCCCUUGACACCAAGAUCUACCUCAACUCAAAAAGUCUAGGUGAAUGCAUCCAAGAUCCCAACACCGCGACUCAAACAGAACGGUACUCGGCGAUAUUUAUUAUCCGCCAUCACCUCGCUGAGUCUCUCAAGCAACAAUACCUCACUCUUGAGGAUCCACUCGAACUUUGGGUGGCACUGAAAAAGCGAUAUGACCAUCAGAAAACGGUCAUACUGCCCCAAGCCAAGUUCGACUGGAAGAACCUACGGUUCGAAGAUUUCAAAUCCGUCGAAGAAUUCAAUUCCGAACUCUUUCGGAUAGUUGCACUCAUAAGACUAUGUGGCGAGGAGGUCACUGAUAAAGAUAUGCUAGAGAAAACAUUCUCUACUUUUGGCACUCCCAAUAUUAACAAUCAGCUUCUGUUGAGGAACAGUGCCAUGCGGCCUCCAGGAUCAGCCCCAUUGCCAGAAGGAACCAGAAAAUAG